AUGGCGUCGUCAGUCGAGCAGAAGGAUGCACCUGAAACUAAAGAUCAGGAAAACGAGACAGCCGCUGAAAAGUUCAAUGUCGAGGCCGCGGAAGUCUUAGCCACUAGCGCUCAGCGUUUGCCGCUCGCUCAGGCUGCUCCGAUAUACGAACAGCUUCUGCAGUUAUACCCCACAGCUGCUAAAUUUUGGAAGCAAUACGUGGAAGCAAAUAUGGCUGCAAAUAAUGAUGAUGCUACGAAACAGAUAUUCAGCCGGUGUUUGCUGAAUUGUCUUCAAGUUCCUUUAUGGAGAUGCUACAUCCGAUUCAUCAGAAAAGUCAAUGAGAAGAAAGGCGCUGAAGGUCAAGAAGAAACUAGAAAAGCUUUUGAUUUUAUGCUCAGUCAUGUUGGUACGGACAUUGCCUCUGGGCCUAUAUGGAUGGAGUAUAUAACAUUUCUGAAGUCACUUCCGGCGCAGCAUGGGCAGGAAGAGUCACAACGAAUGAUUGCUUUGCGUAAAGUAUACCAAAGGGCAAUUAUUACUCCUACCCAUCAUGUUGAGCAGCUCUGGAGGGAAUAUGAAAUUUUCGAAAAUUCUGUCAAUCGGCAAUUGGCCAAAGGGUUGAUAUCUGAGUUCCAGCAGAAGUAUAACAGUGCCAGGGCUGUAUAUAGAGAGCGAAAGAAAUAUUUUGAAGAGAUUGAUUGGAAUAUGCUGGCUGUACCGCCAACCGGCUCUAGCAAGGAAGAGCAACAAUGGACCGCAUGGCGAAGACUACUGGCUUUUGAAAAGACAAACCCUCAAAGGAUUGAUAGUGAUUCCUCUAAUAAGCGUAUUAUAUUCACCUAUGAGCAGUGCCUGAUGUAUUUAUACCAUUAUCCUGAUAUAUGGUAUGAUUAUGCUACUUGGAAUGCUAAAAGUGGUUCUGUAGAUGCUGCUAUUAGAGUAUAUCAGCGGGCUCUGAAGGCUCUACCAGAUUCAGAGAUGCUGAAAUACGCUUAUGCAGAAUUGGAGGAGUCUCGUGGAGCAAUCCAGCCUGCAAAGAAAAUAUACGAAAGUCUUUUGGGUGAUGGUGCUAAUACAAAUGCACUUGCAUACAUUCAGUUUAUUCGCUUUCUAAGAAGGAAUCAAGGAGUAGAAGCAGCUCGGAAGUACUUCCUAGAUGCCAGGAAAUCCCCCAACUGCACAUACCAGGUGUAUGUUGCUUAUGCAUUGAUGGCGUUUUGCCUGGACAAGGAUCCAAAGAUAGCACAUAAUGUUUUUGAAGCAGGACUAAAGCGUUUUAUGCAGGAGCCUGCAUACAUUCUUGAAUAUGUGGAUUUCUUGUAUCGUCUAAAUGAUGACAGAAACAUUCGGGCAUUAUUUGAGCGGGCACUAAGCUCACUGCCACCGGAGAAAUCUGUUGAGGUGUGGAAACGUUUUGUCCAAUUUGAGCAGACAUAUGGAGAUCUAGCUAGCAUGUUGAAGGUUGAGCAAAGACGAAAAGAAGCCUUUUCAAGUAUAGAUGAGGAUCCAGGAUCAGUUUUAGAGGAUUCAUUAGAAGAAGUUGUGUCACGUUAUAGUUUUAUGGAUCUUUAUCCAUGCUCCACAAAGGAUUUGGAUCAGCUAGCCCGACAAGAGUGGCUUGUUAAGCAUAUGGGUAAGAAGUCUGGUGUGUCCAAUGGACCUAGCAGGGGAGGAGAGAGAGGCCCUCCAAAUUUCCCCAGUUAUUCAAAUUUACCUACGAAAUUUGUUGAUUCAGAUACGUCUCGUACGAUGGCUUCAAGACAAAAACCUGUGGAUAACACAACUGUUGCGAGCACGACAGUUGCUGGAUUCAAUGGGGUACCCAAUGCAUUGUCCAAUUCUGUUGGCCCGUUAGCCAGUUCUGGAGCAACUGGUCCAUUCGAUGAAGUGUUGAAAGCUACUCCACCUGCACUGUUAUCGUUUUUGGCAAACUUACCCAUAGUUGAAGGUCCAACACCAAAUGUCGACAUCAUACUUUCCAUCUGUCUACAAACCGAAGCAGCGGCACCAUCAGCAGCUCCAGCAGGUCCUGGUAAAGGUAGGAAGGGAGGAGGAAGUCAUCAGGCCGGGCCAGCCACAAGUGACCUCUCUGGUUCAAGCAGGUCACACCAGGCUCCAACCGGCUCAUCGUUCAGACCACGACAGUCUGGGAAGAGGAAGGAUUUCGGCAGGCAAGAGGAAGAGGAGAGCUCGACGGUCCAAAGCCAGCCGGUGCCCAAAGAUGUUUUCCGGUUAAGGCAGAUUCGGAAAGCCAGAAUAGGCACAGGGGCUUCACAGACGGGUUCAACGUCUUAUGGGAGUGCACUUUCUGGGGAUCUUUCAGGAAGCACUGGCUAG